AGACCCGAGCGAGGCGCAUCGCGAGCGCUCGACGUCACCAUGGCCUCCGGUGGCGUUUUGGACUCCUUCGGCAAACCGGGUCGAAAACCCUCUCGUCACGUGUGGUGUGACGUGCGUGCAUUGUGAGUCAUGUGACCGCUAUAAGAAGACCCUUUGAGGGGUUUUGUCAAAGAUGACAAAAAGAAAGUUGUUGACAGGUGAAUGUAGGUCCAGAGGAGAAAUGCUUGAAAGGACCACCUCAUAAACCCAACGCCAACUAACAUCCGGACCAUACAUGCUGUCAAAGUGUUACAAUAACAAGUUCAUAUUUUUGAGAGGAAAAAAACAACAUCAUUUCAUGAGAAUAAAGACUUAUCUUAUUCAAGAAAAUGGUCCAGGUUUUGUUUAGUUUUGUUGUCAGUUGGCUCUCACUUGGGUUUUUUCUUGUUUCCCUUGGGUGGCACUAGAGCCGUCACCUCAUUGUGGUGGGGGGGUUUGUGUGUCCCAAUGAUCCUAGGAGCUAAGUUGUCUGGGGCGUUUUGCCCCUGGCAGGGUCACCCUUGACAAGCAGGUCCUGGGUGAGGGACCAGACAAAGCACGGCUCCAAAGACCCCUAUGACGAGAAAAAUGAUUGGAUUGCGUUUUCACCAGGGCCCCCCUCUGGAGCCAGGCCCGGAGGUGGGGCUCGAAGGCGAGCGCCUGGUGGCCGGGCCUGCGCCCAUGGGGCUCGGCCGGGAACAGCCCGAAAGGGUAACGUGGGUCCACCUUCCCGUGGGCCCGCCACCUGUGGGAGGGGCCAUAGGGGGCGGUGACCGAAGGCGAGGACCUUGGCGAUCCGAUCCCCGGCUACAGAAGCUGGCUCUAGGGACGUGGAAUGUCACCUCUCUGGCAGGGAAGGAACCCGAGCCUGACGGGUACCAGCUGGCCAAGCGGAAUGCACCUUUGGUGGUCGCUGAAGCCAAAACUCGGGCACGGGAGGACUUCGGUGAGGCUAUGGAGAAAGACUUGCGGACGGCUUCGAGGAAAUUCUGGUCCACGCUCCGGCGUCUCAGGAGGGGGAAGCAGUGCACCGCCAACACUGUGUGCAGUGGGGAUGGGGCGCCGCUGACCUCGACUCGGGACGUUGUGAGCCGGUGGGGAGAAUACUUCGAAGACCUCCUCAAUUCCACCGACACGCCUUCCCAUGAGGAAGCAGAGUCUGGGGUCUCUGAGGUCACGGAGGUGGUUAAAAAGCUCUUGUUCCUUAAAUAAUGGGGGUUGGAAACCGUAGCAGGCCAUGAACGGAGACAUACCAGUGGCGGAGCUGGUGAGGGAGUUGUGAGCGUAUUCUAACCAUGGGAGGAAUGAGCUCCAGGAGGCGGUUAGGGUUGCGUGCGGCAACGCAGCAAAGGGCCGACUCCGGGGACUGAUUUGGCCGCUCUGUCUGGCCGUUGGUCUGUGGAAGGUACCCGGAAGACAAGCAAGCUGGCUGCUGCGCCCACUGCUUUACAGAACUCUUUCCAAACAAGGGAGGAGAACUGAGGACCUCGGUCCGAGACGAUGACGAUGGGGAUUCUGUGGCGUUUGAAAACAUGAUGGACGAGGAGGUUAACAGUUUCAAAGGCAGAGGGUAGCUUGGGGAGGGAAAACCGUCGUUGGAAAAUCCAUCGGUGAUAGUAAAAAUGAUAGAGGCUUAAAUGCAGGUGAUGCUGAAGGCCGAUUGACAACAGGUGCGCGGCCGAGGCGGUGCUGAUUACUGGGAAGAGAGAGAGCGCAAAGCGCCACCCGAGCUCCAACGAGGGAACUGCAGGGCACAGCUCAUGACAAUUCUUCCUAGAUAACGACGCAAUAUAAUAUUAAAGGCAAAUUUCCAUCCAUCCAUCCAAGGGUCACGUGCACGCCGGAGCCCAUCCCAGCUAACAUCGGGCAGGAGGCGGGGUACGCCCUGAACCGGUUGCCAGCCCAUCGCAGGGCACAUACACACAAAGAACCAUUCGCACUCACAGUCACACCGACGGGCAAUUUCGAGUCUCCAAUUCAUGCAUGUUUUUGGGAUGCGGGAGGAAAGCGGAGUGCCCGGAGAAAAGCCACGCAAGGCACGGGGAGAACACGCAAACUCCACGCAUCGAACCCCGCACCUCAGAACUGUGAGGCUGUCGCUCUAACCGGUCGGCCACCGUGCGAAUCGGGAAAUCAAAUCAAAUUUAACAGGUGAAUUUCAAAAGUGCAACUUUAUUCUCAAUGUUAUGCCUUUUAUUCUGGAAAAAAAAAGGACUUUAUUCCUGUUUUAAAAAAAGGACUUUAUCAGAGCAGGCAUGUAUUUUGCACAGCCCUCAGUUGGAGAAGCACACGCACGCACACACACAUUUGCAGAGGUUAAUUUGAGAUGGCGGCUAAAGUGGCGUCUUGUCGGCCUUCAUUUCCUGAUAACUUGUUAAUUUUAUUGUUUUUCCCUCCACGACGACGCGAUUAGCGCCACGAGCCGCCACUCAAAUCACUUAAUGCGCCUUUAUUGAGGGCAGGCAGGCCCGGGCGGGCGGGCGCGUGGCCUCCUUUCGCCAAAUGACUGUUGAUAUUUGCUUUUAAUUUAAGCAAUCCACGAGAAGACUCAUUAACAUGCUGCCAGAUUAACGGCCUGCAAGCGGAGUUAUCCGC